CCAUUCUGCCAGUCUAGAGGGAAUGAAACGAGGAACUAACGGCAAUUCAUCGCAGAAGAGAACGAACGCACAGGGAAAGGACCAGGCAGAGGACCAGGAAAACUUUCUAUAUGAAGACCCCUAUGUUGACACAUUUGAAGAAGAAGAUAUUGUCGACCCGAAGGAAGAAGAAGAACUUGAGAAAAGAGAGCUGGAAGGAAUCGAUGAAGAGAGAGAAGUGCAUGGAGUCUUCCGUAUUGGUAAGGACAAGAUAGACCAGGGCGAAAAGAUGGAUUACGAUAACAGUGCGUAUAGAAUGUAUCACCGCCUCAAUGUGGAAUGGCCGUGCUUGAGCUUCGACGUUAUUCACGAUAAUCUCGGUGCUAUUCGUCGUCGCUACCCGCACACGCUGUAUCUGGUCUCUGGCACCCAGGCGGAGAGCGGUUCGGACAACCAGAUCGUGGUGUCCAAGAUCUCGAGUCUCUGCGAGACCAAGUACGACGAUGAUCCGACCGAGGAGCCGGACGAUGAAUCGGACCCCGUCAUCUCCGUGUCCACCAUCCCUCACCGCGGCGCCGUGAACCGCAUCCGCUGUCUUCCGAACCGAUCGCAAGUCGUGGGCGUUUGGUCCGAAACGGGCGUCGUCAGCAUCUACAACAUCGCUUCGCAGCUCUCCCAAGUCGAAAAGGCGUCGACUCCUGCCUCGGGCUCCACCGCCUCGACGCCUCUCUCGCUGCCCUCGCUGCCCACCGACCCUGUCUAUCAGUUCAAAGGCCACCGCGCGGAGGGCUACGCGCUGGACUGGUCGCUCUGCGAGAAGGGACUGCUCGCCACGGGCGAUUGCGCCGGACUGAUCCACAUCACCUCGCCGCUCGAAGGCGGCUGGACGACCGACGCGACGCCCUUCCAGGACCACGCGGACUCGGUGGAGGAUCUUCAGUGGAGUCCUUCGGAGAGCACGGUGUUCGCGUCGUGCUCGGUGGAUCGCACGGUGCGGAUCUGGGACACGCGCAAUCCCUCGCGGCGGAGCAUGCUGACGGUGCAGGCGCACGACAGCGAUGUGAACGUGCUGAACUGGAACAAGCAGGUGGGGUAUCUGAUGGUCACGGGAUCGGACGACUGCUCGUUCCGCGUGUGGGAUAUUCGCAAUCUGAAGUCGGGAGGCUUCGUGGGCAGCUUCGACUAUCUGCAGGCGCCGAUCACGUCUGUGGAGUGGUCGCCGCACGAUUCGUCGGUGCUCGGCGUGUCUUCGGACGACCAGCUCACGUUGUGGGAUCUCUCGCUGGAGGCGGACGAGGCGGAUCAGAUCCCGGGCGUUCCGUCGCAGUUGCUGUUCGUUCAUGCGGGACAAACGGCGAUUAAGGAAUUGCACUUCCAUAACCAGAUUCCGGAUUUGGUGGUGUCGACAGCUCAGGACGGGUUUAAUUGCUUCAUUCCGGAUAUUACGGUGGGCGAUGGGAUGGAGGAAGAGUAA